CAGAUCCGGAAAACAACAAAAGCUUUACUCGUACAUAGUACAAAGCAGUUAUGUUGGUGUAAACAUAUAUGCUUAGAUUGUUGCCGAGGUUGUUAUAGAACAAUAACGUUAAAUGCAUGGUCAUAUGAUGCCGAGUGACACACCAGAAACAACUACGGACCACAUGGGGUCGCCAUCCUCAACGUCAUCUUCGACGUCAAAACUCCUCCCUCAUGAAAAUGAACACCAUGCGCAAUCUGCACCUUCUUCCUCCAGGUUACAAAGAAGAGACACGCAAGUUAUCCACCGUACACCUCCAUUGAUAACAGCGGCACCUUCGUCAUCAAGAUUUGGUGCAACUUAUAUAAGGGAAAGCAUCGUCACAGAAUCAAAUGAUUACCAAAGCAGCGAUGUGUUUCUACCUGGCCCACCUUCCACCAGCUAUAGGAAUUCAGAUGCAAGCUUGUCAGGUGAAAGCUUUACUUUUCCCACGGUUGGUUUUCCACGCACAAGGUCGGUUGGUGGGAUAUCAUACGUAUCAAGGUCUUCAUCUAUUAGUGACGUUGUAGCCUCGCUACCAUUACGACAAACAUCACUUGCAGAUGAAGCGUUAAAUGCUCCUCGCAUCAGCCGAUCUUCAACACGCAGAAGUAUUGGUCGUGAAUGGACACGUCAUCACUGGGAUAAAGUAAAAGAUCUUGAACAAGAAUCUGACCGAGCCAGAAGAUGUUCCAAGUUGUCGAGUGGGUUCGCGCCACUAAUGGUGUUUGGGGGUUUGGUAUUUGUAUGUAUCGGAGUUAGUGCGAAGACAAACACAGGAAAAGAUCGCGUUAGAUUACAAGAACUUAGUACAACACCUUUAGCGAUGGGGGUAUUCAUGUUGGGACUAGGUUUGUUUCUUAUAUGCACUUGGUUUGGGUGUAGGAGGCGUGCCAGACAACUUGAGCUAAAAGUUUUGCACGGUUCGAGACGAAACUCAGCAAAUAAUGACGAUAAUGUUGUUCAAUCUGUGCUAGCAAAGCUGUACCAUCAAGCAACGGGCGGAACUUUUUCACGAAAUCGCCCAGAAACCCCGACGUUACCUGGCGUAACGCUGGACGGUGUGAUUGCGUAUAAAACACCGAUUAAUCGACCGAAUGAAACAAGCGGACCGACAACGACUUCUGUAGUCAGAGAAACUAGUGUUUGAUAAAUACAAGUGUUUGUACUGUUGUACAUAAGCAUUAAUAUACCACACUUUACUUGCAUUUGACGAAUAAAAGAUAUUUAUUGUAAACCUA